AGCGGUGAGGCAGCAAGUGGUCACAGCGCAGUGAGUUUAACUGUGAAAGAUUGUUGCAUGAGAAUGACACAUACAUAAAUCCUUAUAUUUCUCAUAGCCCUAUUUUUCCGCAAGAUAAGAAUUUAUAUUUCCUGUCAAACUCGAACUCGAAACUCACUGUCAUCAUCUUCUUUCUCUUCCCUACAAAAACCCCUCGCGCUGCAAAUUAAAACAUUCUCUUCAUCAAAAUUGAUUGAUAUAUUCCCGACCAUGUCCCAACAUCCUAGUACAAAUCGAGCAAAUCCCGAUCGCGUCGACGAGAUCGAGGACGGAUACGAAACUCCGACGUCGGAGGAGCACAGGAUUCCGCCGGUGUGUUUGGACUGCCCGCCGCCGCCGCCGAGGAAGCGGAAGAGAUUCUUCAUGGAUAGAAGGAUUAGUAUUGGGAAAGUGGUGUUGAGGGGUAGUAGGAUUGUGGAGGAGGAGGAGUUAGAGUCAUUCUUUGAGUUGCUUGAAUCUCAAUCUCCACCGCCGCCGCCGCCGCCGCUGCCGGAGCCGGAGUCGGAGUCGGAGCCUGAGCAGGAUACAAGUCCCAAGAAGAUACGUUCUCAUCAGUGAAUUUUUUUUUUAAUUUUUUUUUUUUACAGCAGAUCAGGUAUAUAUAUAUUUAUUUAAUUUAUUUUUGUGAUUAGGUUUUCGAGUUAAUUUAUGUAUACUACGUUUUCUUUUCAAUUGUGAAUUUUGGGAACUGAAUUAUAUAUGGGAUCGAGAUUAGGUUACACUAGAUA